UCGGAUAUCGGUCGUGUACAUUACCGUUAUAGCGCGCGCGAAUACGAUAAUCUGGCAUAUUUGUAACUUACGUCGCAUGCCGUAUGGCACUGCCAAGCUUAUCACGAUAAAUUGUUUUCGACUUAUUCAUUGAUUAGAUUCGUGUGCCACGUUCUGCAAUCAAAGUGCAAAAGAAAUUUUAAAGGUGAUGCAAGUGAAUAAAUAUACAUCACACAUUCAAAUAUGUUUAUUAUCAAAUAAAAUCAAAACAUUCGUGCAAACAGUUUGACUGCUACCGUUUUAGUCGGUGGUCUGGUUACCAGUUGCUUCUUCAAAUGCAAAACAGUCAGCAUUCCAAUUACUGUGUCACAUAUCAAAUCUGUUCAACCAAUGAGUCGGUGUGGUUGUGUGCGCUUGUUUGCUAUUAUGACGAAAAAAUAUAUACAUUUUGAAAACAACUCAAUAUUCGCAUAAAUUACACGCACAAACAGCGCAAUUCAUUCAACAUACAGACGCGUGUGUUACUGUUGAAACGAAAUUCUUUGUGUGACUGAAAAAAAGCGUGCGCUCAUUUAAUUACAUACAUAUGACAAAGUUUUAUGCACAAUAUACCAUUCAAAAUAUCUAAGUUGACGUCAUUUUUUUCGGUGCGGUUUCAUUUGCUUGGUAAUUCGUUUUUGGAUUUUGAAAUGAAAGAAAAUAAUAUAUAGCUGUACACACAACAUAUACGAAAAUAAAGAAAACACACUCACCGAGAUAGAAGUAUUUACGACGGUGAAAUUGAAGUGCGCCUAUCUCGUUCAAACAUUAUUUUUUGUGUAAACAAAACACGCAUUUUCAAAAAUUUUACCGAGACGAAUAAUGACAAAAUAAACAGAUUUUAAUUUGUAUUCAUCGCGGUACAUCAGCACUGGUAUUUUGUUCAUUUGCGUUAAGUUGCCGUGUUUAGUUUUGACAUUAGAGUUUUUCAAUGGUGUUAAUUUUUAUUCGUUUCAAAAAUAGAAUCUCGCGUUUCGAUGUGUCGUUGAAUCUUGGAAACUGUUAAUUCAUUUCAAGUCUACCGUUCCCCCAAUAAGAAAACUGCAUUUUUCCGUGACGAAACACCAAACAAACCAAUACUUCGCGGUGAUUUUUUGUUUAGUUUUAUCGAUUUAGUGCGGAUUUUUUAUUUUUCGGCUUGACUUUGGAAUUUCAUAUUAAGCCAGAAUAAAAACAAGAAAAAUUAAUUUAAAAGUCAAAAUUAGAAUCGCCGACGAGAGAGAGAGCGAGAGGAGGAAAAUAGUUCUGUGCUCAUGUGACUGUGUGUGCGCCUGUGAAUGUGAAUUUUAUUCGUUAGUUUUUUGUUUGUUGCUUUCCACACUUGAAUUCGAAAGUGGAAAUAAUUUUGUGUCAAGAUCAAUAACGACUGUGUCUGAGUGCUUUGCGAAAUGAAAUAGUAGCCAAAAUAAAAUGUUCACUAAAUAAAAACUGCGGUGCAUUUGACAUAAAAGAGAAAGAAAAAAAAGAGAGUAUAAUUCAUUAGUAGAGACCCGAACAGCACAAAGCAGAAAAUUACAAGCGCCGCAUAAUUUUUUUUAUUUGGUUUGAAAAUUAAGCAUUUUUGCUGAGACAGAGAAAAACGCACAUCAAAUUCAAAAAUAGGAACUGCAGUCACAAUCUACAAGAUGGACGCUUCGAAUGUCGAUUGAACGAAGUGAAGUUUGUGUCGCAUACUACAUGUGUAAAAAGGUGGCGAAAGGCAUAAAUUAGUCAUGUUGCUGCAAUCAGGUCAACAUAUGGGCGUCGAUCACAUAUAUCAUGUGAACGAUGCGUCGAAAAUGCCGCCGCCGCCAACAAUUCUCGCCGAGAAUGAGGUGACUCGAUAUUUGGAUUUAAUUCAAGAUACGCUAAAAGACGGUUGGACGGUACACGCGACAAAAGAAGGUCGUCUCUACUACUGCAAUCACAUAACAAGAACAGCUCAAUGGCUACCACCCGCUGAAUGCUGGACCCAUAAUAUCGAAUACCCGUACGGUUGGGAAAAGGCUAUCGAUGGAAAAGGAAGACCAUACUAUGUCAAUCACUUGAAUAAAACCACUACAUACGAGGUACCGAUAUGUUCGCAGUACGAGGACACCAAACCACCUGAACCACGGCUCGUGGUUUUAAAUCGUUGCCCAAAAAAUGGUUUUGGUUUUGUUGCAGGCAGUGAGAGACCAGUUAUCGUCCGAUAUGUUACGCCCGAUGGUCCCAGUGUUAACCAUUUGCAACCAAAUGAUCAAAUACUGGCCGUCAACGGUGAAGAUGUAAAGGAUGCACCACGAGACCAUGUUAUAUCGCUGGUUCGAUCAUGUGAAACUCAAGUCAGCCUCUUGGUUUGCCAGCCGGAAUCUGUUCAAUUUUCGCCAGGUCGUAAAUCAACGCUGUUGUCACCUGCACGAAAAGAGAAAUUGCGAAACAAACGACCGAGCCGUGUCCGGUUUGCUGAAAGUGUUUGCGUUAAUGGUGCUCCAUUAUUUCCACCAUCUGCAUUUUCAUUGGGAGAUUUACAUGUACCGCAAAUGGCAAAUGUGCUGAAAGUCUUUUUGGAAAAUGGACAAACCAAAUCAUUCAAAUACGAUUCAACAACAACAGUCCGGGACGUCGUCACAUCUUUACGAGAUAAAUUGUGUUUAAGUGCCGAUGAGCAUUUCGCACUGGUUCUCGAGCAUGUAAAAAGUCUCAAACGGAACAAACUAACACUAUUGGAUCCAGAUGAAACACUGGCACGGAUAGCGGCAAGACCCGGAGCUCAUAAGCUACGCUGUUUAUUCCGCGUGACAUUCGUACCAUUAUCGGCUGCUGUUUUAGCUCAAAAAGACUUAAAUUCAUUGGAUUAUCUGUACAUGCAGUGCUGUAAUGAUGUAACCGUGGAACGUUUCUCGCCCGAACUUACCCCAGAUGUUGCACUUCGUUUGGCUGCUCUACAAAUUCAUCAGCAUUCAUUAGCUAAUAACAUCUCACCGGCUAAAUUAACUGUUAAAACUGUUGAGCGCGAAUUUGGUUUGGAGCGUUUUGUGCCAAUGUCGCUGUUGGAGAGCAUGAAGCGAAAAGAGUUGAGGCGAUUAAUUGGACACUUUUUAAAGUUGAACCAACAAAUGACUGGAUCCAGCAAAAUGUUAACCCAAUUACAGGCUAAAAUUCAUUACCUGGACAUAAUAUCGGGAUUGCCGAGCUACGGUGCUAAAUGCUUUAGCACGAAUGCUCGUGAUGGCAUCGAAAGAGUCUUAUUAGUUAGCCCUCGCUUCGGUCUUAGUCAAAUACCGGGAGUCCGAAAUUCAGUGCCACAAACAAUUUGUAGUAUAGAAAGCCUAAGUCGAUUAGUUAUAACGCGUGAAGAUGAUAUUACCCAUACCGUUAGUAUUUAUAUGCAACCGGAUCGUUUAGUAUCAUUUAUGAUGGAAGACCGCGAUGCUUUAGAAUUCUCACUAGUCCUAGUCGGUUACCAUAGACUGUUGACAGGAAAACUAUUGCCUAUCGAUAAACAGUUGAUUGAAGAAGAAUUGGAGGAAAUAGCGCCACCAUUUUUAACACAACAUUCGGUGCUACCAUCAACAUGGAAUUAUUUGCCGCAAGCUCAUGGACGUGCACACAACAUGCUAUUCAUAAAUCCGCCGCCAUAUCAUUCGGUGACUGCAAUCGAUAUCGCAGCCGAACCGAAUCAAUGUGAUAGAAACAUGAAUACCACAAUGACCAACAACAACCACAAACAGCCAAAUGCAAUCGAUCCAUAUGGUUUUGAUAUACACAGCGUUAUGACGAUGGAAAUACUUGAAGGCACUAAAGGAAAACCGAUCAAUGGACUGAUUGAAACACGAAACGAAGAGGUGCUGCGACGGGUGGCUGAAAUGCAAAAGAUGGUUGAAAAUUCGGAAAAAUAUUUGAACGAACAAGGAGAAUUGGUGCACGAGUGUGAAAUGAAGACAAACACAAGAUUGCCAUGGCAGAAUAUUGAUUUCGAUAGCGAUUGUGACAGUAUGAAUAGCAGCAAACAAUCUUCGAAUGAAGAUGCACCACCGCCCGGCGUGUUGAAACAUAGCGAUUCGCUUAUUUUGUUAGCUGAAUCCAUCAAUUUAGAUUUGAAUGGUAUUACCAAAGGACUGAAUUUAAUUGGGGCCAAUGGAUUCGACAGCGCAAAUGGUGGCAAUAAUUCGCAACAAAAUACGCCGAAACCACAACGUAAAGUGCAAGGACUGAGUCAGCUAUUGAGUGAUUUGCAUGCGAUCAGCAAUGAUUUGUCACAAAGCGAAAGUGAUUCGGAGUCGAUAUGCACACCGAAUAGUUCACCGAUUCAUCGUCCGCAGCAGGACCGUAAUGCGAAAAAAGUAUUCCGAACUAGCUUCGGUCUGCACAGUCCGGACAGUUCAACGCUUGGUCCAGACAAUAAAGACACCAAUUUACGUGAAUAUUUGAAGCUACUGAAGGAGGCCAGCAGCAAAGACAGUGCCGACAUUGAUCUGGCGGCAAAAAAACUGAGCGAAUUGUACGGAUUUGAGAUAGGAGACGAUACAUUCAUCGAAUCGGAUCCGGAUGUAAUUGAUUUAACCGCAAUACCGCCACCUCAAACUCCCGACGAACUGGACUCUUUGAAUGUGUUGAAUGCCGCACCAACUGGAUUUGGCGAUAAAACAAGUGACGGUGAUUUAGAGAAAUUUUUAGCACAAGUUGCAAUUCAUCCCCCUACACAAAAAAUAACUCCGGCCAAAGAAUUGACCCCCGAAGAGAUUAUGUCUUACAUUAUCCCUCCUCCACCCUGUCUCAGUGACGACGAAUUAGAUGGUAAAAAAUACAAAUCAAAUUCACAUAAUGAAGAAUCGUUGUACAUGAAUUCAUCGAAAAAUGGACAAUCAUUAGGUGCUACAAACAAAAAGACAACUAUUGACUAUGCCACUGUUGAACGCAAAGGGCCAUUUUCAUGUUGUUCGAAAAAUAAGAACAACGAAAAUGGUACAAGUGUUCCCUUAGCUAUGCCCAAAGAUCCAAAAUUUGAAUUGCCACCGCGUAGAUGUGAGCAUAAAUCAAAACCAAUUCCACCCGAACGACCACCCAAAAGCAAUGAAUUACAAGCAAAAAUAUCGUCGCCCAUACGAAAAACCAGCUUGUCCAGUACAUUUCGAUUGAAUGGCGGCGGCAAUGGAGUUUAUUAUGACACAUCACCACAAAAAGUUUUCCCACCAAUUGCACAGAAGCCAGCAUCACCACAAUUGAUUACACUUCCACCACGCAAACCAAACCUACCACCAGUACCCGUAAAACCGAUUUUUAGAAAUCCAAUCCCACUCCCGAAAAUGAUGAUGAAUUCAGAUUCACGCAUUGCAGGUAUUGUAUCGCCACGAUUCCAACGUCAUCCGACCGAAUCGGAUAAGAUAAUAAUGACAAAUGGAAAUGGUUGCACAAGCCCACCCAUCCAAUUAUCACCACGCUUAACGAAUGGCCAUUUUCGAUUCAAUAAUGAUAGUCCCAAAGAGAAUGGUAGUUCAGUAUCCAUAUUAUUUUCACCUCAAAUGAAUCGUAAACUGAACCAUGAAACAAUCAAGUCUCCCCCAAUUAGUGCAAAUGGAAGCCCUUUAUUAGAAUCGCGUAAUGGUCAUGUAAUUAAUGUUGAAUCUCUUAUGGCAAAAACAGAUUUAGCAAUGGCUGGACUUUUAUUGAAAUUGGAUCAAAUUGCGGCCCAGUGUCAGGCUGCUCAAUCGGCCGGCGGCGGUGCCUCAAUCGAUGAGCAAAAAUUCGAAAGAGCACGCAAUGAACUCACGGACGCCGCAACACAACUAGUCACAUCAUCCAAAGCCCUUGUAGUUUCAAUGUCAUCAAAUACUACACCAACCACUCUACCGGAACACUUAUCAGCCUGUCUUACCGCUUUGCGUCGCAUUACGGAAUUAGCACAGGAUAUGACCAAGCAUACAUCGUCACCGCUACAAACCAGAAAUAUUGUGCUAAAGGUGCACGAUGUUGCGUCCAGUUUUCGUGAAUUGGCAAACGUUCAAAUCGGACCACUGGGUGCCGGUGCUCAAGCACUACAAGCAGAAUGCCUAUCAAAUGUGUUGGCCACACUAAUUCGGAGCUUACGAGUCUUUUCGCCAUAAAUUCCACUCACUCAUAUCACAAAUGAGAAGAUAUUCAUUAGUGUUUUUUCUUUUGUUUUCUAUUAUAUAAAUACCAAUCAAUGAUAUGAUCAAACACACACACACACAUAUAUAUAUAUAUUUAAAAACAAAAUGAAAACAUUUCACUUUUACCAUAUCAAAUCUAUAUUUACCUUUCAUAAACUAUUUACAAAUUUAUUAUGAAUCUAUUGCUUUGGAAACUAAACAAACACUGACAGUAACAUUCGGCAAAACGUUUUUUUCUUCGAAUAAAUUAAAAUUAUUCUGUGACAAAUUGAUAAAACGUUUAAUAUGGAAUAUGAAACAAAAAUGAAAAAAAAAAAAUAAUAUUGAUUAUAAUUUUAAGGUUAGUUUAUUUAGUUCUUAGUGCCUAAAUUUUGUUAAAAAUAUAUUUGAGAAAUUAGUAAACGGAGAGAAGCGGAGCGAGAUUUUUGCAUUGAUUAUAAUUGCUUUAUUUUGUUGUUUAGUGAAUUAAAAUGAUAUAAUAUGACGUGCAAUGAUAACGAGAAUGUAAUUGAUGUGCAUUCAAUGUUAAAAACAUGAAACUAGCAAAUGAGAGUGAAAUCGAUAAUCAAAACUCAUAUUGACGUUAAAAUAGCUAUAAAUUGAUAAAUAAUCCUAACUGUUGAAUGUUGAUCAAGCUCCAAUUAACCAAAACCAAUAUCAAAUGUUAUUUUCUAUGUACAUUAUUGUUUUUGUUUUACAAAUUUAAAGAAAAUCAAAAUACAUUUUUUUUCUUUUAUUGUUUCAGCA